AUGACGUUUGCGCCCGCGAUUGGCUCAACACUUUUCUCACGACUUUUCCGUCCUUUCUCGACUAGUUCCCCGUUCUUUUCUUUGGCACCCGAGUCGGCCUCGCGCAACAGCAAUCAAAUGUCGGAGAAAGCUACAGUGGCGGCAGGCUGUUUCUGGGGCGUGGAGCACCUGUUCCGGAAGGAAUUCGGCAAUGGAAAAGGUCUCUUGGAUGCUAGGGUGGGAUAUUCUGGCGGAAACACCUCGUCGCCGACGUACCGGGCUGUGUGUAGCGGGAAUACUGGUCAUGCCGAAGCCCUCCAGGUAACCUUCGACCCCUCCAUCGUCAGCUACCGCCAGCUUCUGGAAUUCUUCUACCGCAUGCACGACCCCACAACGCUCAACCGCCAGGGCCCGGACGUCGGCACCCAGUACCGCAGCGCGGUCUUCACGCACGGCGAUGAACAGCACAAGAUUGCGCACGAUAUCACGGACAAGGUUAGCAAGGAGUGGUAUAAGCAGCCGCUUAGCACGCAGAUUAUUGAGGCGGGUGAGUGGUGGGAUGCGGAGGACUAUCACCAGUUGUAUUUGAAGAAGAACCCGUCGGGAUAUGAAUGUCCUGCUCACUUCGUGAGGUCUUUCCCGCCGCUUUCUGCGUGA